AUGCCAAAUAACGACCUUCUCAUUCUCUUCACAGGAAUCCCUCUGCUCUGUUUCCUGGUGCUGCUCCCACUCAACAUCCCUUGGUCACAGAUCAGCGUGAUGUGGCUUGGCGUGGUGCACUUCCUGGCCUGCCUGUCACCGCAGCUGGGCUCAGUGGUCUACCAUCUCUUCAUGAACCAUGAGGGUGGCGAGCCCAUCUACAAAACCCUGCUCACGCUAGAUAUGUGUGGAAUCUGCAUGAUCAACACGCUAGAUUAUCGUUGUUCAAGAGCUCUGCCCAUCGUGUACAGCACUCUUCUCUGCUACCCCUUCACCCGCACAGUGGCUCUGCUGAUUUACAUCCUGCUAUCCAGUUACGCCAUCUACUGUGCCAUCACAGCACGCAGCAGAGUGCGGCGUCUGCGUUCCUUCGCCUGGCAGGCACUUUUCCGCUUCUCAUUUUUCCUUCUGCGCUGGAUAGGUGUGGGCGGAGGGAGUCCCACCUCACUGCGUCACUUUCUCACCAUGGAUGCACUAGCGGUGUUGGGCGGUGUCAUCAAUAUCACACGAAUCCCCGAGCGGUUCCGCCCGGGCCUCUUUGACUACUGGUGCAACAGCCAUCAGAUCAUGCAUGUGCUGGUGGUAGUGUCCAUAAUGUACCUACACUGGGGGGUGCUGGACGACUUGCUAUGGAUCAACACGUAUCACUGUCCCUCAGACUGA